AUGACCGCCGGAAAUGGCGAACAACCUUUUCCACAGAUAUCUCGAAAAGUCAAGGCAUGUGCCGCGUGCCGAAAACAUAAGAUCAAAUGUAUCAUGGAUGAAAGUGGUCCGCCAUGUCGUCGGUGCGUCGAGCGUAACUUAGGAUGCGUCUUGGGGAAAAACUUGCAAAGUAUCAUUGACGAGAAAACUCAAUGCAACCAGGCUAUCCUCCAAGACCUUGAGAAUCUUCAUAACACUCUCAAAGAAGUCACGAGAAAGAUUGAUCUGCCGGAACCCGUCUCACUUCAAUCUACAGCACUGCAAAAGUCCUUGGAGUCUCCACCACGAUCGAGCCGCUUUGGUCGGGGCGUAAGCGACAACGGAUACAGUAUAGGAGCUUCUGGACAGGAUAAUUAUGGUCCAUCUUGCGACAACUCGCCAAAGGUCUCACCCGAGGAUGGAAACCUUCCUCACGUGCCGAUUCAUUCGCUUUACGCCCUCACGAAGCUAAGAGCUUUGAGGUCACCGGACGCGCCAGAUGGGCAUUCGAGCCCUAGUCAGGAUGAUUUCAUAGCAAGGGGUGCCUUGCGACUAGAGGACGCCGAGCGCCUGUUUCGUCUCUACCGAGAUCGGCUCGAUUCCUUCAUAUAUGGUGUUGGAUGCAAAUAUCAACAGUUGGAUGAGCUGAGGCGCAAAAGCCCUAUUCUGACGGCAGCAACAUUGACCGUCGCUGCGCUUCACGACCCCAGUGCGAACAGCUUGUACGGUAUUUGCAGCACAGAGUUCCGCAGGCUCACCGAAAGAUCAAUGUUCGAUCGAAGGGUAAAUCGCGACUAUCUUCGUGCCAUGUGCGUCGCGUCAUAUUGGCUCAGUGACAUGAGCUGGAUGCUUUCCGGAUAUGCGAUAAGAAGAGCGGCCGAAUGUAACUUACACAACAGCUAUAUCCGGACCAUUGAGGAGAAGAGUGAAGAGGCAGCUGAUGAUGCGCGGUUGUGGUAUAUCUUGAACAUAUGCGAUCAACAUCUCGCCACAUUGUACGGGCGACCUGCAAUAGUACAGGAGGACUCUUCGAUGCAGCAGUGGGAAAGCUUUCUAGAGUCGCCCGUAUCAACUGAAGAGGACAAGCGUUUGACAAGUCAGGUGGCGCUCCUCGGUAUCAUUGGUAGCAUCAGAGAACUGUUUGGGCCGGACAAGGGCCGGCCGACGCCGAGGGCCUAUGUUCACCAAAUUGCUCACUUCAACAAGCAACUUGACCAGUGGAUCAAACAUUGGUCAGAUGCAUUGCCAGAACAGCACCAGCAUAUUGGCCGCUUCCCCCGGAAAGGUGCUUUGUUACACUUCCACUUCGCCAAGCUUCACCUCUACUCCCAUGUCUUUCGAGGCCUCUCGGGGGAGAAUCCGAUACCUCAUCACUUUCUCGACUGCGCUGCCACAGCCAUCUCCGUCGCAACCGCUACUAUUGAUUUCAUCCUUACAGAUCCGGAUGUUGCAGCUGGUGUCGUAGGCAUGCCAUCCUAUCUGCACUGCAUGACCGCUUUUGCGUGUAUGUUUCUCAUCAAAGUAGCGGUCAAGUACGGAGGAGACGUUAUCGAACCGGACAAUGUCUGGAAUCUGACAACAAGCCUCGUGCAGCACUUCCGGUCUCUGCCAGCAGGUCGUUGGCACCUGGCCAACCUUAUGGCUCCAGGUCUCGAGCGAAUGGCUGCGACGUUGAAAUCAGGUCAAUCUAACGAAUCGAAUCAAAAUUUACGACCGCAAGCUACGGAUUGUGCAACGCAUCCCAAUACUGACACUCUGAUCAAUUCUGGGCUCGCUGGACCGAUCAUUGACGAAGGUUUAAUAGGUCCAGAAGAGGAAUUCUUUUUUGAUUACGAUAUGAGCUUUGGGGCCUGA